AAAUAAGUCCGUCGUGUCACCAACAUCUCCCCCUCGCCUACACCCCUCCCCUCUCCCUUCUCUCUGCUCCCUCUCUCCUCUAUGCGUCUGAUUCAUCCCCCUCCUCCUCCCUCCGCCACCCCUACCCACGCUCGCUCGCUCGCCCGCCCGUCGUGCCCCUCGUCGUCAUUCUCGUGGGGGUAGUCAUCGGCCCCGCGACGGAGGGAGAGCGGAAGCCAUAUGGCUGACGUCUCCAUCCCCUCCCCCUCCGUAUUCCUCAGGAAAACCCCUCCGCCAGCUCCCCCGCUCCCUCCCACCCACAAUGCUCGCCGGGCCACCCCGACGCAAGCGAAGAAGAAGGCGCCCCGCCGCCAGCCUGUAGUCGACACCACUGCCGGCAUCCUCGAGGGCUCCAGCGUGGCCAAGCCAAAACAGAGCAAGAGUCGUAAUGGUUGCGUGACUUGCAAAGCGAAGCGGCUGAAAUGCGACGAAGAGAAGCCAACGUGUCAACAGUGCGCGAGGAGAAAUGUACCGUGUGGAGGAUACAGAAAGGAUUUCAAGUGGCGCCCGUUUGAGGACUCGAAUGUCAAGAUCAACAUUGACCGUCAGAAGCGAGGACCCUCGCCGCCGAAUGGCACAUCCACAAACCCCACCCCAACGGGUAUCAAGCCUGGCAAGGCUCCUGGCGAAACGUCCGCUCCAGGCGGUUCUCCCGCUGACGACGCGGCGACCGCGCGAAGCGACUCGCCUCGCAGUCAUGGACGUGCCAGCAAACCGCCCGAUACAUCCGGCCUGAUGUUGCCGGAACGAAUCAAGACCCAGCCCAUACCGCCCUCAGGCUCUGUAACUCCAUCCGACGAGCUGCCCGACCCCGCCUCCCUGUCGCUCACGGAUGACAUCGCCUCCGUCAUCCCCAUGGAUCUCAUGCCUCCGGUCACAAUGGCGGACUUCGAAUUUAACCCCGAUGUGCUCGGCCCGGGCGCUCUAUCCCAGUUCGCCCCGGGUCUGGGCCUCUCGCCAACAUUGACGGGCUCCCUGUGGCCCUACAAUGCCGAUGACCCCAUGCAUCAGGACUUCGUCAACUACGAAUUACCCGAAGUCUUUCAAACGCCCCGCUUCGAUCCCCAUCCCAUGUCUCCAACGCUCGCGGCCGCGGCGCUCGACAUGGCAUUUCUGGAGAACGAUAUGGCUUUCGACAUGCCCUUGUCCAUGGGCCUCACCAUGCCCCCCACCUCUGGACUUCCGACUCCAACAUCAUCGAGCCUGGCGGAAUCCCCCGACGGGCUCCACCCCGCACUUGCCUACAUUUAUCCGCAGCCCCAGUACGAAAACGAUGGCAGAGAAGUGCUGACCUGGCGUUUCGCGGAACUCACCUGUGGUGUCUUGUCCAUUGUCGAUGGGCCUGGCGAGAACCCCUGGCGCGACUUGUUAUGGCCAUUGGUCCAGCACUCUCCUGCCCUCUACCACGCAAUCAACGCCAUGGCCGCGUUUCACUCCGCAUUCGACCUUCCUCAAUUGCGCAUCGUCGGACACGAACACAAAGCCGCCAGUAUACGCUACUGCCGCGAAGGCAUUCGUGACAACAGCUUCUCCUUGCUCACGGCCAUCGCUACGUGCCUCGCCCUGGCUUUUGCAGAGGCCUGGGAUCAGCAUAUCUGCACCGGCAUCACCCACAUCAAAGGCGCCCAGGAACUCGUCAAGCAUGCAUUGGCCGCCCAUCGGAAGGAGCGCUUCAACGACGAGGAUCUCGCGCGUCUCAAGUUCUUGUGCAACGCCUGGGUGUACAUGGAUGUCAUCUCCCGCUUGACGUCCGUCGAAUCCAACGAGUCCGAAGACUUUGACAACACCUAUCUUUUCUCGGGCAACCCGAACGACUCGCCCGCUCUCAUCCCCGGGACCAGCGACGCAUCGUCUGGCUUUGGCAUUGAUUUCGGCAUGCCUAUUGACACUCGCCUUGACCCGCUAAUGGGCUGCGCUGGCACUCUCUUCCCCCUGAUUGGACGCGUGGCGAACCUGGUGCGCAAGGUGUGCCGUUCGCAAGCCAACUCUCCCGCCAUCAUCAGUCAAGCCCACGAUAUCAAGAUUGCUCUGGAAACGUGGGAUCCGCCAACCGACAUCGAGCCGCCCAGCGACCCCACCACCACGAUCGAACACACUCUUCAAACCGCGGAAGCAUAUCGAUGGGCCACGCUCCUCCACCUCCACUCCGCCGUCCCCGAACUCCCCUCUCUCACCUCUACCGAGCUCGCCCAACGUGUCUUGCAAUACGUCGCCACCGUACCUCUCACCAGCCGCGCCGUCAUUGUCCACGUCUUUCCUCUCCUCAUCGCCGGCUGUGAAGCCAAGCUGGACGAAGACCGGACCUGGAUCAUGAGUCGCUUCGCCUCCAUGAACAACCGUAUGCGUCUCGGCGUUGUCGACAAAGCGUCGGCCGUGGUGCAAGAGGUCUGGUCCCGCCGCGACCUUUACGAGGCCCAACCCUCCACCAACCGCAAACUCGUGCCCACCACCGACCUCAAGUCGGAACGCCACGGCAGCCGGCCAUUUGUGAAAUCUCCCAAGGGCACGAUUGCGCUGGGCGGCGACCCCGGACACACGGGCAUGGUCUUUAGCUAUGUCGGCGAUACUAACGAAAAUGGCACAUCGGAUCCAUUGGAAACCGACAAGGAGACGCAGAAGAAGCUGCGCGCUCGCCAGCGGCGGGUGGGGAAAGACCCUCGCAUGGGCGAGCUGCAAGACAUUGCGUACACGGUGCGAGGACACUUGCACUGGAUUGGAGUGAUGUGGGAUUGGAAGUGGGAGAUUCUUAUGGGAUGAGAUGCGACACGAGAGCCAUAUGCCUACCGACUACGAUACGACGCUGGAUGUGGACCCAGACUGACGAUUCUUUUCGGCUUGAUUGCCAUCGUUGAUGCA